UUACGUUUGCUGUGACGUACGUACGUACGUACGGACGUUGUUUGACGAAGCCGGAAAUGAAUUGAAGCUUAGUGUUGGACAUCAAAAUAGUGAAAUGCUUUAGUUUUCAAAUCGUACCAUUCAGUAACAUAUAGCAGAUAUUCAGCUACACAGACUACCGAUUCCGUUAACGAUUGGCUAGUUACAUUGCUUCGAUCAGGAUGGAGCAGGACACUGUUCCGGAGUCUGUGGCCUCACCACCUUCAGGUGCAGCAAAAUCAAAGUUGGACACGUUGUCCAAGGAUGACCUCAUCAAGUUUGCCAAGAAGCAGAUGUCUGCCAUCCAGAAGAUGAAGUCCAAAUGUGCAGAUUUGGAGAAGGAAGUUGACACCCUCAAGUCUCAGCCAACAGGCAAUUCAGACGACUCCGUCAUACAGGAGCUGACUGAGAGGAUGAGUGCCUUGCUGCUGGAGAAGGCUGAGACCCAGCAGAGUGCAGUGUUACUGCGGAAGGAGAAUGAGAAGGUCAAGCAGCGGGAGCAGGAUGCAGUAAGAAAACUGGCCACCCUGCAGGGAGAGUUGAACCAGGCCAAGGAAGACCACCAGAAAAAGAUGGCCACUUUUGAGAAGACCAUGCACGUAUCCCAGGCCAAACAUAAAGAAGAAGUCGAAUUCUUUCAGAGGCUUCUGAGAGAGAAAGACGAGAGUGACAGAGAGAAAGAGAGCGAAAGAGAGAAAGAAAAGCAUAGGGAAAGAGAGAAAGACGAGAGUGACAGAGAGAAAGAAAAGCAUAGAGAAAAGGAAGAUACAAACAACAGUGUAGAAGCUGUUAGUCACAGCCUGGAGUCGCAGAUCUUGAGUCUGCAGACAGAGCUAGCUGCAGCGGUGGAGCGAAGUGCCCAGGAGGCUGCAGUGCUGCAGGAGGACCACCAGAGGGCGCAGACCGAGGCCCAGCAAGAAGUCGAGAACCUACGAGAAGAGUUGGCCCAGCAUAGCAUGCAACAUGAAGAGGAGCUGAGAGCUCUGGAGGAGGACUUUGAGAUGGAGAGAGAGAGACUGCUUCUCCUUCAAGAGGAGCUCAGUGAGCAGCUCGCUCUCAAAGACAGUUUCUUGCAGGAUGUGCAGGAGGAAGAGGAGGAGCCUAGUGGCCGCAGCUCGGGGAUAGCCAGGAUGUUGGAGCUGUCUGGUUUAAGUCAGAUUGAUGCCAGUGAUGGAGAGACGGAGACUGGACAGCUCCGAUCCGCCUUGGAGGACCUGCAAUCCCAGAAUACAAUGCUGCAAGACGAACUGACCUUCUUGGGCAAUGUGAAGACUCAACUGGAGGCGGAGCUUGAGAGGAUGAGGGAGGAGUUUCAGACAGAGAAGGAGGAGCUAGAAUUUAAGAUCGAUGAGUUGCUGAUGACCCGGGAGGGUGCGACCCCUGACCUGAAUAUGACCCCUUACCGAGACCCUCUGAGCCCGGCAACCCCCAAGUGUGACCUUCAGGAGGUUCCAGCCCUCACUCAGCUCCAGCAGAGUGGGCCACAGAGAGAACCAGCAUACAGCCUGCCUGCCAGCUCUGCUAGCCCCUCCAGCCCUUUCCCUGACACAGACCACCAGAGUUUGACCCUGGAAGAACAGCAGAGACUGAUCCUAGAGGUCCAGGAGCUGAGGACCCAAUGUGAGACCUUAGCUAGAAAGAAUACCCAGGCGGUGGGUGAAUGUGAGUCUCUAGCCAAAGAGAGGUGCCAGGCAGUGGAUGAAUGUGAGUACCUAGCCAGAGAGAGGGGGCAGGCGGUGGCUGAGUGUGAACACACCAGAGACAUCCUGAGAGGCCUGGAGACUGAGCUAGGUCAGAGGACUGGGGACUUCGUCAGACAAUAUGAAGCUAUGAAGGAACAGGGGGCGUCAGCGAUUCAGGAGCUACAGGAGAGAGUCAGAGGGCUAACUGAGGAGAGAGAGAGUCUGGUAGAGAAGUUGAGAGUGCUGAAUGAAGACAGAGAAAGCCUAUUGGAGGAGGUCCAGGGCCUGGAGAAGAGGCUGGAGAGCUUCCUGGAGCAGACACAGGCAGCCGAGGGGCUGAAGGAGCAGCUGCAGACCUCUCUGGAGGAGAAGACUGUGUUAGCCUCCGAGCUAAAGGCCUCUCUUGAGGAGCAGACAGCGUUAACCCUCGAGCUAAAGGCUUCAGUGGAGGAUCUGAGCAGGCAGAAUGGGGAGAUCCUCUCUCAGCUACAGAUGAAGGACAGUGCUGUUCAGGAGUUGGAGGAUUCACUCAAUGUGGUGAGCACAGAGAGGGACCAAACACUGGCAGCACUGCAGGAGAGACAGAUGGAGGUGGUGAGGCUGAGGGAGGUGGAGGGGAGGCAAGGCCAAAGAGAAAGGGUGGCUGAGCUACAGGCUCGUAUAGAGGAGCUGGAGAAGGAGAGGAGCCUGCUGAAGAGCAGCCUAGGGGAGGUGCAGGGGAGCCCAGGGGAGGAGGUGGAGGAGCUGCAGGCUUGUGUAGAGGAGCUUGAAAAGGAGAGGAACCUCCUGAAGUGUAAUUUGGGGGAGCUGGUGGGAGAUACUGAAGCUCUACAGAGAGACCUGGUAGAGAUGAAACUUGCCAAUGAGAAGAUGAGAACAGAGAAUCAGGAAUUAUUGGCCCAGGUCAGCAACGCUAGAGAGACACUGGCAGACAAAGAGAGGGAGCAGAAGGUGGGAGGAGUGACGGAGAGAGAGGAGGAGGAGGAAAAACAAGGGGAGAGGAGAGCGCUACAACAGCAGCUAACAGAAAAGGACAAAGUCAUAUCCCAGCUGAAGAGUGAGAUGGCUGUCCUGCAGUCUACAGCCUCCACUGUCUCAGAGGAGAACACAGCCAUAGAGUUCACUGAGAAAAUCGCCCUGCUGGAGAAGGAAAGCAAAGAGAAGAAUGAGAGGAUGAAUAAGAUCAAGGCGGUGGCUGUGAAAGCCAGGAAGGAGCUGGACACCAGCAGGAAAGAGGCUGUCUCUCUGAAGGAGGAAGUGGAGGUGUUGAAGGCUGAGAGAGAGAAAGUGACCAGCUCAAUGAAAGACAUCAUUCAUGGAGCAGAGGGAUACAAGAACUUACAGUUGGACUACGACAGACAGACAGAGCAGCUGGAUAAGGAGAGAGAGAAGGUGGAGGGAGCUGAGAAACAGAUCUCCGAGCUGACCGUACGACUCAACACCGCCGUACAACAGUAUGAGCAGCUGUGGUCGGAGAGAGAGGACCUGAUGACUGGAAUGGAGACGCUGAGGAGCACGGUGAGACAGAUGGAAGGACAGACAGCAGAGCUGCACAGGCAGACAGACACCCUGAACAGAGACCAUCAGGCUGAGAGACUACUGAAGGAACAAAAGACAAAGGAGCUGUCGUCGUUGCAGAAGGAGUUAGAGGAGUUGACCGCUCAGCUCCGCAGACAGAAGCAGCAGUCUCAGCAGACUGCACGGGAGCUGGAGCAGCUACGCAAGGAGGCCCAGCAGAGCUCGUUGUUGGACAUGGAGAUGGCAGACUAUGAACGCCUGGUCAAAGAACUCAACACCAACCUGUCAGAGAAGGACGUGUGUGUGGAGGAGCUGAAAACACAGAUACACACACACAUUCAGAAAGAAGACACACUCAACCAGGAGAUUGAGGGUCUGAAGUCCCAGCUGGACCAGGGGGAGGACAAGGGCGCCAAGAUGAAACAGCUGCUGGUGAAAACCAAGAAAGAUUUGGCGGACGCCAAGCGGCAGGAAGCCUCUCAGAUGAUGACCCUGGCCUCUCUGAAGGGAGAACUGGAGACUCACCAACAGGAGCUAGAGAACAGUAAGAUCCAGUGCUGUGACCUGUCUGGGGAGCGCCAUCGGCUGCAUGAGCAGCUGAGGACUCUGACGGAACAACAGCAGAGAACAAGCAGCACCCUGCAACACCGACUGACCUCACUACAGCAGGAGUUCAACACUGCCCAGGCUGAGCUGUCAUUUGUCACUACUGAGUUUGACAGCUAUAAGGUCAGAGUUCACAAUGUCCUCAAACAGCAGAAGAACAAGAGUUCGGCCCAGAGUGACGGACACGCCACCAGACAGGAGAGAGAGCAGAUGGAGUCCAUGGUGGACCAGUAUAAAGCCAAGCUGCAGGACAGUCAGCAGAGUCUGGCGGUGAGCACUGCAGAGUUCCAACAGCUCCAGAUGGAACACGACACACUACUGGAACGACACAACAAGAUACUGCAGGAGACCGUAACUAAAGAGGCUGAACUCAGAGAGCGACUCCUGUCUCUCCAGGCAGAGAGUAUGUCGCUGCGGACAGAGCUUGCCCAGACGGUGGGUCAACUUACCUCCCAGGCCGACGCCCAACGCUCAGGGUUCCGGGAGCAGAUCCGCCACCUUCAGGACGAACACAGAACUACAGUAGAGACCCUGCAGAACCAGAUGACCCGGCUGGAGAACCAACUAUUCACAUUGCAGAGCCAGACCGCUCCAGUCCAGACCAGUCGUAAGCCAGUGGUGGACCGCCGGUCUGUGGACCAGGGGGCGAUGGGGGGGCUGGGCCUCAGUGACCUCCAGUCCAUGGCUAGAGAGGAGGGGGAGGGCAUGGAGACCACUGAGACAGAGUCCCUGUCCCUCCCACACACACCCCUACCCUCACUGGAGCAUCUACUCACCUCCCCAGACCCCAAACAGGAGCCGUUUGUGUGGCAGGUGGAGCCGACUAAAGAGGAGUUAAGUCAGAAGUUGGCCACAGCUACACGCAGUAUGGAACACAUGAACAUGCUACUGCAUGAGACCGAGGCUACCAACGCUGUUCUGAUGGAACAGGUCAAUCUGUUGAAGUCUGAGGUGCGUCGUCUGGAGCGUAACCAUGAGAGGGAGAAGAGUGUAGCCAACCUGGAGUAUCUGAAGAAUGUCCUCCUGCAGUUCAUCUUCCUGCAGUCAGGCAGCGAGAGACGGGCUCUACUCCCCGUCAUACACACCAUGUUACAACUCAGCCCUGAGGAGAAGAAUAAACUGGCUGCUAUCGCAAUGGGUGAGGAGGAGGUGGGAGGAGCUAAAGGCUCAGGAUGGACCUCCUACCUUCACAGCUGGUCUGGCAUCAGAUAAAGACAUCAACUACUGCCAUCUCACUACCUGCCUUCACUUUCAUCUGAUCAAUUUGUCUGAUCAACUGGAGUUAUUGAAAAGUCUUCAUAUAUUAUUGAUGAUCAUUAAUCUACUUGAAAUGAAGCAAGUGCUGAUAGCAGCAAAACAAGCCGGUGCUCUUUUAACUGUUUAGUUACUGGACCGGUGAUGAUUCCUCAAUGCCUCACAUUCAAUACUUAGUUUUUUUGUUUUUUAUAAUCCCCUCCAUGCAGCGCCUAAGUUAAAAUGGUUAAUGAAGUGAACUAUGACUGUGAUGACACAUUUCACUUAAGAUCUAAUGUACAGUGGUUAAUCAACAAUUAUAACAAUUCACACCUGUUUCGAUGUAUCAAUAUUACAUACCAAAGAAUGCUAUGUUAAUAUGUAGGUACAUAGUCUGUAAUUGGUCAAUAUGUGUGUAUAUAUAGUAAUUAUGUACUUGCAGUGAAAUCACAAUGUUAUUGCAAUGUGGGGCUGCUUUUUUUCAAGUUAACCAAACAUGAAGAAAGGGUACUGGAUAUCAAUGACUGGGUCAAAUUGAGGCCUCUGCUCUGUCGUCCUAUGGUUGUGCUUCAUAUCACAUCAUCAUUUACAAACAGCUAUCUGCACUUGAAUUUACACAUUUGGUAGACUAACACCAACUGUGACAUGUAUAGGAGUCACAUUAGGCUCUCAUUUACUAUGACCAAGGCUGCGCCUGAAAUUGUACUCUUAUUUCCCAUAUAUUGCACAAUAUUGGGAUAAAGUGCCGGUUCAGAUUUGGCUCGUCUCUUACCCAGAGUUAUAUGCUAAUGUCAUUGUUCUGUGUUAUUCCUAAGGCAUAUUAAUGAAUGAGGCCAGUUGGGGACAAGUAAUACAUGGGAAUAACUGAAUGUACUCGUAAUGAAUAAUUGUAUAUUUAAACCGGGAAAGUAUAAUGUUCGGCUAUAAAAUAUGAAUGAUUACUGAUGUUGAAAACUGGUGAUGGUGUCCAGUCCUCACGGUUAAAGUUGAUAUCCCCUCUGGGUUAAGACAUGAUUUAGAAAAGGACACAAGUCAAAGUUAAGCAUAUGUUUUAGGUCAACCAUUUUAUAUAAAAAUGACCUGCAAUCAGUAGCAAAACCACCAUUCUUUUUCCUAAGAGAUUAUUUAACUGUGAAUAAAGAUGACAAUUAAUAUAUAUGCUUUUUAUUAAUACAUUUUUUUAAAACUUUCUUGGCCUGCCGCUACUCUUGUUCAUCUAAAAAUGUAAUGUCUCAUCUCAACUUUUUAAGUCACCCCAAUUAAAUGAUUUUGAGGUAAAUGUAUGUAAUAUUUGGUCAUUUAGAAAAAGUUCUAUCAUCUAAAGAAGUUACAGUAUAUACACUGCUCAAAUAAAUAAAGGGAACACUUAAACAACACAAUGUAA